UGGUUCCCGGGUUAGGGACUGUCUGGUUGCCAUGGUGUCUCUAUGAUCCCUAGCGUCUCGCCUCGACUGCGCUGAGCAUGCGCGGGAGAUUAGCGUGCCAUAGCAACCGGAUCAGCGACAGUAGCAACGGUAAUGGCAAAAGCAACAACUAUUAAAGAAGCUCUAGCCAGAUGGGAAGAAAAAAAUGGCCAGAAGCCAUCGGAGGCCAAGGAGGUGAAACUAUAUGCUCAGGUCCCUCCUGUAGAGAAGAUGGAUGCAUCUCUGUCCACACUUGUUAACUGCGAGAAGUUGUCUCUGUCUACAAACUGCAUUGAGAAAAUUGCCAACCUCAAUGGCCUAAAAAAUUUGCGGAUUCUUUCACUAGGUAGAAACAACAUAAAGAAUCUGAACGGCCUGGAGGCAGUUGGGGAUACAUUAGAGGAGCUGUGGAUCUCAUACAACUUUAUUGAGAAGCUGAAGGGCAUACAUGUCAUGAAGAAGCUGAAGAUUCUCUAUAUGUCCAAUAACUUGGUGAAAGAUUGGGAGUUUGUGAGACUAGCUGACUUGCCAUUACUGGAGGAUUUGGUGUUUGUGGGCAAUCCACUGGAAGAGAAAUACUCUGCUGAUCAGCAGAGCAGCUGGACUGAGGAAGCAACCAAACGGGUGCCCAGGCUGAAAAAACUAGAUGGUGUCCCAGUUAUUAAGCAAGAAGAAGGUGAAGAAGGAGAAAAUUAACAAUUCUUUCUUAUAUGGUAUUAUAUUAUUUAAGUUUCUUCAGAGCAGUUCAGCACACAAAGCUUUUGUAUAAAUGUUUGUUUCCAAGACAAUCUUUGGGCAGUUUUUUUUAAGUAACCCAUAUCCAUACUCUCCUUUCCUCACCUAAAGAGUUAAUUUCCAAAACAUGGGGACACUAACUUUGUACAUUUCAUGUGUUCUUCUGUGAGAACUAUUGAAAGUGAGAUUAUUAAGUUAAUAAGAGUCCUUAACCAAAACUACAUACUGGUUUUUAUCCUAAUUAGUAAUACUUGUAGUUCUGUCUCCCUGAUUAUGGUAGAACAGUUUUUCUUGUUAACCGUGUGUGCACCUGAACUUUAAAAAAAAAUAAUUUAAAACAUGGAGGCCAGAAGAGCAGUGUUUUGUUUUAUAGACUCUUUGUAGACUAGGCUUUUGCUAUUUUUUAAUAAUGUCACAGAAAGAAAUGGUUACUAAUUGUAUCUGGGGUUUUAGAUGUUAGGCAAAUGUGUGUGCACACCCAGCAUGGAGCCUUUUGCCUAGCAAUAUUGUAGAGGGGCAGAACUUGAACCUUGUGAGUUUGGACUCUUCCUAGGCUACAUGAGGCAGAGCUGCCCUAAAAGCCUAUGCACAAAAGCCUAUGAGAGGAGACUCUGAUGCAGAAGGCAUGGAGAGUGAAUUGUAGAAUAUACAUCUGCAUCACCAUCUCAAAGAAACACAGUUACAGUAAGUAACCAUUUCUUCUUCUUCUUCAAGUAGAUGCAGAUGUGUAUUCCACUUAGGUGACUUCUAAGUAAGUACUUCAGUCUGGAGGCAGGGUUUGGAGUCUACUGCAAUAGGGAUCACAGUUUUCAAAUCUUCCACUCUUCCAAGGCUUGUGCUCCCUGGGGAAGAUGUGGUAGUAGCAUAAUGGUUCAUAAAUGUGUGUGUGAACAACCAGGUGGCUGUCCUGCAAACGUCCAGUAUGGAAGUGUCACUGAGGAAUGUUUGCACCCUCAUGGAGUGAGCCCACAUCUGUAGAGGAGGUGCGAGGGGCCACAGCCACAAGGUACGCAUGCUGCCCCUCUACAGGUACUGCUAGACAAAAGUUUCUGGGUCCAGCAUGCUAGACAUGCACACACUGAAAUGGAAUAUAUGUCUGCAUUUAUUUCAAGAAUAAUCACCCUUCAGCACUUCAGAAACAUGUGAGGUUGAUGUGUCUGCCCUUCAGAGCUCUGCCAGUAUCUGUAGCUCAGUAGGGUUGAUAAUUGUCAUGGGCUUAUAUUAGAAAAGGCAGUGAUCACUUGUCAUUAGCAGUGGACCUAUAGCUGAUAAUCAUGAACUGCACUGGAACUCAAAACUUCCUUACGGAGAAGGCCAUGACUCUUUUUUGAUUUAUUUAUUUGUUUUUAAAUAGGCAAUGGAAACUCUUUGAAUAAUUUUUGGUGGAGUUUAAGUACUUAUUGUUUUUUUCUUUACAUUGUUAUAAGAAAUUAGGCACUUUAGACUUGAAUACAUAGGCUUUUACUAGCCACUAACUGGCUUGUGGUAUUAGCCUGAACAUAACUUUCUUUGUAGCCGGCUGAUGAAUAUAGCCCUUCAUAGCUCUAGAGUAUUCUACUAAACCAAAGAGGUUGAUAACUGUUCAGAAACAAAGAAGUGUACAAAAGACCUGGACAUGAGGGUAUUUCUGUAAGUUUUGAUUACAGGGUACACUACUCAUUUGUUUCUAAAGCGCAUAUGUAGGCAGCUUACUAGACUAAAAGAUUUAGGUGACUGCUGGGGAAAGGACAGAAGAGAUUAGAAGUAGGAACUGGAAAAUAAAUAUCAAUAAAAAGCUGAAAUGCUUUGCCACAUGGUGACAUCUUAGUGAAGUCACCAGAUGUGACAAUAAAUCUUUUAAAAAUGAAAUGCAUGAAAUAAAGAUUUAGAGAGAACACGUGAAAUUAGUGUAGAGGAAAAAUCACCACUGACCCCUAAAAAUAGAUAAAAUGACCUAAACAGGCCUUUUAAAAUCUCAUUUUGCUAAAGUUCUAAGUUUACUUUCCUAUUUCUGGUACCAAUUCAGUUUAAUCAAAUUAAACUGGCAGCAAUGAGCAUCUUGCCGCAUCAGGAGCAAAAUGAGAGUGGGAGAAAACAGAACCUCACUCAUAAUUUGUCUUGUGUUCCUAAAGCUGCAGCUGUGGUUGGGUUUUGGAAUCCAUGAUCAAAGAUGGGAAAAUAGUGAUGCAAUUAGCCCCAGACAACAGCAGCAUUAAGCUCCUCUUAUCAAAGACAGUAUCAUUACUUUUCCUCAGUCUAUUCUGAUAGAAUCCCAGCUCCUACAAUCUUUCUGUGUGAACUGAGGAGAGUAGAAUACUACGGGCAAAGCAUUCAAUGCUGUUAAUUUCUUUAUAACUACUGUGUUUAGUCCCAGUGGAACAUGUAUGCCAUUUAUGCCCAUAUUUGCCCAGACAUUGCAGAUAAGCCUCAAAUCUGAUUUUAGGGCCUUUUUUUCUUUUUUUAAUGAACAGAUGCAGAGAGGCCUCUGCUUUUGACAUUGUUCACCUGGUAUAAAACUUUUCUAGGCAGGCUGUUGUGCUGCCUUAAAUGCAGUCUGUCUCUAGUCUCAGUCGUCCUAUCACUCCAGUGGAUUUGUUGGUCAUCUUGCCAUUCUGAAGUAAUUUUCUAGGAUUGCCAUCUCUACAGGUGAUUGGGACAAGAAAACACUGACCAUACACGAUACUGUUGGGAGAUGGGUGAAGCUGGGAACUUUGUAGACAGAUAACUGUUGAUACCCGGCUUUUCAUUAUGGUUGCUUUCAGCUAUAAAUUAAUUCAGAGAGUUAGUAAUUAAUAAUUCUUUAGACAGGAGGUGGCUUUGCAUAUUAUUUUUUAAACCCGUCAUUGCUGAUAUACUCGGCCUCUGCUGCCAUCAACUUUUGUGUAUAAGAAUAGUAAGCUAGAUUUUUGCCCUUUAAUACUGUGACUGGAAUACUAGCAUUUCUCAGUACAAGCCAAAGCCUGGGUAAGUUUGAAACUUGAUGUCUAAAUACUGCUAGCAAAUGGAAUUGCCAAGUAGGAACAGUCCUCUUCAUAUCAUUUACAAACUCCUCUGGAGGGAUGAGGAGGAUUUCCAAAGUAAUUGCUUAAAAACAAUAUUGGUCAGUAGGAGUUACUUUAAAACUGAUUCAUCCUAAUUGCUGAAAUGAAUUCCCUUCUGUGGUGUUAGAGUUUCCUAAAAUAACAUGCUUUGAACCUGUUUGCACAUGUGUCGCCUGAGGGCUAGUAAUACUGUAGCUUCUGUAAUUCAUUUUUAAGCACUACACGGCACAUCCAGUUUGGAGUUGUUUGCUGCAGAGUCAUGAUCAAAGCUAGCAAAAGUGACUGAUAUGAGAAAGUAUGUCCUCAGGCACCCUGGGCUUUGAUGGCUUCAUCUGGCAUAUUCAUGUAACGCUAUUGCCCUCUGCUUUCCUUCUCCUUCUGCCAAUUGUUAGGUGAAAGGAGGAGGUUAAGGAAGGAAAAAAACUUCUAAAGAGUUGACAAUAGCUCUAAUACAUAUUUGAAAAGAAUGUGCUAUAUUCUUGCCUGUGAAUAUGGCCAGCCUCACAACAGUGGGCCCAGAAAUAUCCAUUUGGCUAUGUCAUUUAGCAUUAAACUAGCUAUGGCCUUUUAACUUCCUUUUUUGUGGAUGAAGAGAAGGUGUGAAAAACACUUGCUGAUCCUACCCCACAGUCCUGCUGGUUUAUUUAUCUGCAUAUAGUUUUUGUAUCAUACCAAUGAGGUGGCAAAAUUUGCAGAUGAUACCAAACUGCUCAAGAUAGUUAAGACCAAGGCAGACUGUGAAGAGCUUCAAAAAGAUCUCACCAAAC